AUGGGAGCCCGGAUGGGUCUUCCAGCAGAGUGGGACGUGGUGGAGAGAAUGGCGGGGACCGAGGGCGCGCUGCUGAAGAAGGAUGAAGAAACUGCCGCAGAGCUGCUGAAAAGAGUACAAGACCUCGUGAAUGCUACCUUCUGGGGCUGGGGUGGGCAUGGUGCACGCACUCGCACCCGGGAUCGCGGAACCGAGCCGGUGGCCAAGGGCUUGCAGGUAAUGUCCGUCAUCUACGUGCAGAACGCCGAGGUGUUUGUGAACUACCGGGCCCGGCGUGCAGAGAUCGCGGGGGUCAUGAAGCCGGACAUGCCGUGCUUGGGAAUGUUCUCUAUUGUGACCAUCCCUCGCCGGUUGAAAUCAGCGCCAGUCUUGUGGCCGCUUGCGGUGAGCGAGGAGGCGGCGAUACCUCAUGUGACGUGUGAGUGUGUGAUUCUGGCAGCGGCCUCGGAUGCUACGCGGAAGCGAGCAGAAAAGUAUCAAUGGCUCUUCCCGAUCCAGGAGGACGGCAAGUUGGGCCCGGUUGCCUUUGAUGACAAGGACUUCCCGGUUUCUACUUGCGGACCCCUGAGUGUGCUUCUUCGCACUCUCAACAGUUAUGCUGUCGCCCCUGGAGCCAGUUUGCAGCAGCUUUGCAUUGCCGUCCCAGAUUUCCUCUCGGAGCAAGAGCUAGCAGUGGUCCAGGAUGCUGUGAACCUUGCAGACCUGGUAGCUUCGGCGCAUCUGCUUCGCCACUCCGAUGCUGUGGCCGCGGCCUUUGCCCAUAGUCAAGGAUCCUCGUUGCUGCCGGAGGGUACCGAGGAGCGCGUGGUCGGAUUCGUGGACAUCGGCUCUUCCCACGGCACUGUGUCUGUGGUCCGUUUUGCACGGAAAGAGGCCGCGCCCGAAGAGGCUUCGUCACCCCUCGCAGCUGGCGUCUCCUGCGAGUUCUUGUAUCGCUGCAGCGAGGAGGAGCUGGGUGUGCAGAGUUUGAUGUCGGCUCUACUCCAGGAGGCCAUCUCGAGAAUAGAGAAGAAGCACAACUGCAAGGUCAAGCUUGGCACGAAGGCGGGCGUUCGCCUCGCCAACGAGGCCAUCCAUGCCCUCAAGCAACUUAGCAUGCUCCCGGAUGCAGAAAUGGGACUUGAAGCGUUCAUGCCGGAGGGCCCGGAGGGACCCGAAAUCGACGUGUCGGUUCCUCUGACACGAGCUGCCUUUGAGGCUGCAGCGGCGUCGGUUCUCACUCGGCUGAAGGAGGUUUUGGCCGCAGCAGCAGCCACAAGCUCGCUUGAGGCCGUUGAGCUCGUCGGCGGUGGCGGUCGCAUCCCAGCAGUGCAGAAGCUGGUGAAAGACGCCGUGGGUGAGUCGGUUCCGUUGCGCUUCGGGCUUGAUGGGGCCAGCUGCGUGGCUACGGGAGCGGCGGCCUGGGCUGCUGGCAGGCGGCCAGUGGCGGCCAUGGACGCACCGAUGGGCGUAGGAGGUUUAGAUGCCGACGAGCUCGCCCGGGUGCGUGCCCACGAAGCUGAGAUAGAGGCCAUCAACAGCGAGGAGGUGCGACGCCUCGAAAAGAGGAAUACAUUGGAAUCCUACGUGUACCAGGUCCGAGAUUGGAUGAACGGAAAGGACGGUUCCUUGCUGAACCCAAGCGAGCUGAACCCGUUCCUGGACAAAGUGGUUCUCUGGUUUGAGGAUGCAGACAUGGCUGAAGAGCCCACGUCCUACCAGACUUACGCGGACAAAUUGCAAGAG